UGGUGGGCUGAGAUCCCCUGGCCGUCAAAAAAAUGGCGAGGGACAGGAAAUGCAUCCUCUGUGAAACGGUCCACGUUUCCAAGCAGGAGAUGGACGAGCACCUGAGGAGCAUGCUGCACCACCGCGAGCUGGAGAAGCUCAAAGGCCGGGACUGCGGACACGAGUGCAGAGUGUGUAAGGUGAAAGUGGUGAGCCUCACCGACUACGCCGGACACAUUUCCAGCCCCACGCACAAGCAGAACGUGGAGGCUGCCGGCAAGAAGGAUGCCGGGUACAAGGAGGACGAGGACUACUUCGACCAGGCUUUAGUGGACCUGAUUCAGAAGAGGAAGGAACAGAUCAGAAAGGAGAAGGAAGCUGCGGCAAAGCUUGCAGCAGAAGAGGAAAACCGAAGGAAAAAAGAGGAGUAUCAGAAGAAGCUAAAGGAACUGAAGGAGCGUUUCCGUCAGGAGUGCAUGUGGCGACCGCCGCCACAUGGCUACUCCAGCUCCAAUCAACGCUAUUCCUGUCACAGAGGUCCACAGUUUAACGGCGGUUCAGGGGAGGCCCGGCCGUGGCAGCAGGACCGGCAGUGCAAGAGUGCCACGUGGCACGCUCAGGAUCCCCCCAACCUGCAGAGGUGGGGGACGGGGGAGUUCUUCGGAGGGAGGAUGGACCCCCAGGUCGGCCGGGGCAGCAAGACGUGGGGCCACGGCGCGUAUCCCGGCCAUCAGCAGAGUCGCCUGCCUUGGCUCAGCAACGGAGGCAGUGCCCACGGGCUUUACGGCCAAAACAACAUUUCCCAAUACCAGCAACAGCCCCGGCCCCAGAGCUUUCUAGGAGCACCCUUCCCUCCUCCUCCUCCGCCCAGGUUAUUCACGCAGGAUUUUAACCGGUUUCCCGGGACGGGAAGAGACGUGGGAGUUCCUCAGGAUACUGGCUUUCAAAACGGCGAGGUACGAUCACCGGACCCGGACCAUAACAACAGUAAGAGCGCUAAAACCUUCGGUAGCAAUCCCAAGUUGGACAAAAGCUGCCGCUGGUCGCCCUAUCCGGUCGCAUCCCUCCCCCACGGUGAUACCAACCCGAAUACGGUAGAGAAGCACACAAUUCCCCAAGUCCAGAAGCCAGACAAAGCACCAGAAGCCGGCGCCUUUAGCAGACCGGCCCAGGGCGAGCAGAGACCGGGGCCUUUGCUCUCAAGCAGACAAUGUGAGGAAGAGCAUGAGAAGAAUCACAUGAAACCCAAACCCAAACCCAAACCCAAGCCCAAGGAUAAGAGAGGCAGCAGAAAAGCCAACAGUUCUCAGAGAGACGGCCACCAAAAGUCUGAGUCUGCUCCCACCAGUCAGAGAACAAGCGAUCCAUCGGUGGAUCCUGGUCUCGGUGGAGCUCAGCAAAGCAAGGCCUCCACUCUAUCCCAGUCCAAAACAACUGGGAAAGCAACAAAUGCAAAGCAGCCUGGAGUGAAGGCUGCAGCUGUCGGGCUGCCCCUUCAGCCCAGGCAGGAGAAGCAGCUCCCCGAUUUACUCAAGACAGCCAGACACAGCGCCUUCGAGAAGCAGGCCUCGCUGUACAGCUCGGUUAACAGUAGAGUGGAAGUGACACAUCAAAUCACAGAGGAGCUGCCUGCAGAGCAGGGGCCGGAUCUGAUCGGAGGGAGCCAGAACAGACCAGUGUUACCUGAAGUGUUCAAGCCAGACCGGACGGCCCCGGCGUCUUCAGACGGGAGUCAGUCCCUCCAGUCUCUGCAGGUGAGCACGUCCACCACGGAGGGCUCCGAGCCGCCGGCCGCAGCCGCACACAACGAAGCACACGGGAAGAAAGCGGAGAAGGAAAGCUGCUCGGAUGUUCCGGACGAGGCCAUGCAGGUGACGGAGGCGGGGCAGAGCUCGGAGAGCGACGCCUCCAGAGGGGGCGACGCCUCCGCGCUGUCCAAACUCAAACUGCCGCCCGUCUUAAAGCGAGACCUCACCAAGCACAUCAGCCCCAAGAGCAAGACGGGGACUCACGAGCCCAACCUGAACAUCGCCAGGAGGGUCCGCAACCUGAGCGGCUCUCGGAGAAGCGACUCAGAGAAGGACUCCGGGAUCAAACCCACGGUGCGGCAGCUCAUCAGCUCUUCCGGAUCACACCGCAACGUGAACUGGGAUCAAGUGUAUCAGGAGGUCAAAAAGAAGCAGGACAAAGGGAAAGGCCUGCCAAGGUUUGGAAUAGAGAUGGUUUCCCAUGAGCAGGAGUACCAGAGCCAGGAGGACGAAGACGUAGCGCUCCUGGAGGCUUUUCCCUGGGACUCCAUGGACAGCUCUUCCCAGGGCACGUCCCGGAAACGCUCCCUGUCGGAGAGCAGCCUCGCUCCUGCUCCCACACAUUCCCUGCUGUCAUCGGUAAAGGUGGAGGAACCAGCACAGGGCCGAGCCCUCAGCCCGGAGCAGCAGCAGCCCACCGUCUCCCACAGCUGCACACCUGCUCAGAAAGGUCCAGAGGAUCCCUCUCAGUCAGACGCCGAAACACGGAGGCAGCCGGAGAAACUGACAUCGGCCACGGUGAGAGUUCUCCAGCGAUCCGACUCAGCGCUCGGGGACAGCAGCUCAGGAGCAGAGCAACACGACGGCCAAGGGACCGGAAAGAGGCGCAGAGCUGCCGGGGAUGCGCCGAGCACAGAGGCUUCUUCCGUGGAGCACAACAGCAAGAGGAGGAAGGUCAAGUCCAAACGAGAGCGUUUGCAGAUCGACCAGCUGCUUGCCGUGUCCCUGCGGGAGGAGGAGCUGAGCCGGUCCCUGCAGACCGUGGACACCAGUCUGAUCAAGGCCCGCGCUGCGCUGGAGGCGGCUUACCUGGAGGUGCAGCGGCUCAUGAUGGCCAAGCAGCAGACGACAGCGGAGAUGAGCACUCUCAGAAACAAGCGCAUUGAGUUACUGAAAGGGAUGCAAGGUACUACGGAGGAGACGCCUCAGCUUGAACUGAAAGAAGAGAAGGUGGAUUCGUUUGGAGCCGAGCCUCAAGUGUCCUCCCCUGCCAGACGCUCCCCUGGCAUCAGCACCGAGGUUCCCAGCCCCGGCCCCGGCCCUGCUGCAGGAUGUGCCUCGCCCCCCCGCCCCAGUCCUACCGCCACCCCCGUGGUCAUCAAGGAGGAGCCCCAGUCCCCGGUCUACGUCAGCUCGGAGCAGGAGCCGGGGCACGGCGGGAACCACUGCGCUCAUAGCACCACGCCGCAGCUGCAAGAAUCUGCUGCUGCAACCGCUCAAGGUCCUGCCCUCAAGUACGAAGCAUCUCCCGAGAAAACACACGAGCCCGACCAAACCAACAGCCAGGAGCCUUCGGACUGGAAAGAGCAGUUGUCAGCACUCGUAGAGACGACAGAAAGGGGCAUCCAAGCAUCAAAUCACUGUGACAUUUCAAUGUUGGACUCCAAAGCCUCCAUCAAACUCUCGCCCAGCAGGAGAGACUCGGGGGCUCUGGGCUUCAUGGACGGUGCAGACAUCCAGUCAGCACAGUCCCAUCUAGUGUUCAACAUGCCUGCGUCUCCGUCUGAACUGAGGAGUGGGAAGCGCGUGAGGAAGCUGAAGAAGAGGAAGGAGUUGAAGAAGGCCCAGGGGGCCGAGCAGCCCGAGAGCACCGACACGGAGAUGGACGAGGAAGCCAUGAGGCCGCGGUGGCUGCGGCCGCGCAGGAGGCCCAGCGGGGGCUCCCAGGUCAGCACGUCCAGCGUGCCUGCAGAGGACAGGGAGGGCGACGGGAACAACAAGGCUUCAAAGAAGCCGUGUCAAGCCGCCAGACCCGACGGGGAGGAGCAGAAACCCCCCGGAGACACGAUGGAGCUUCCCCAGUUCGCCCCCGUCCUGGAUUCAGAGGAGAACAUGGAUACCACCCCGGCGGGGGCUGUGGACGCUCAGGUUCCAGACCCCUGUCCUGGGCCGCAGAAGCUGGCCUGCAACGAGGUGUCCUCCACCAGUGAGAUGGAUCUGUGCAGAUCCUCGGAGAGUGAUUUGCCCCCCCUCACCUUUCCCAAGACCUCCUCAGAUGUUUCCUCUGACCACGGUGGCGACGAGAUUCCUAGCGAAGGGUUUUUCGACGGCCACCAGGAAGCGGUGAACGCCAUGCAGAUCCACAACGGGCGGCUGUACACGUGCUCAGGGGAUCGCACCGUCAGAGCCUUUGACCUGGAGAGCCGCGAGUGCGUGGCCGUGUUCGAGGGCCACAGCUCUAAAGUCAGCUGCCUGCUGGUGUCGGCCGUGCCGUGCCUGCACCAUCGCCUCUACUCGGGCUCCAGCGACCAGACGGUCCGCUGCUACAGUCUCAAGACACAAGAGCUGGAGCAGCAGUUCCUCCUGUCGGACCGAGUCCUCUGCCUGCACAGCCGGUGGAAGAUGCUGUACGCUGGUCUGGCUAACGGCACCGUGGUGACGUUCAACCUCCGGACAAACAAGCAGGCGGAUGUGUUUGAGUGCCACGGGCCGCGGGCCGUCAGCUGCCUGGCGUCGUCGCAGGAGGGAGGACAGAGGAUCCUGCUGGUGGGCUCUUACGACAACACCAUCAGCGUGAGAGGGGCCAGGAACGGGCUGCUGCUGCGCACGCUCAAGGGCCACACCAAGAGCGUGCUCUGCAUGAAGGUGGUGAACGAUCUGGUGUUCAGCGGCUCCAGUGAUCAUUCUGUGUACGCUCACAACAUCCAUACGGGGGAGCUGGUGCACGUCUACAAGGGCCACAGUCAUGCUGUCACCGUGGUGGCCGUGCUGGGGAAGGUGAUGGUCACCGCCUGCCUGGACAAACUGGUCCGCGUCUACGACUUACAGUCGCAGGAGCAGCUGCAGGUGUACGGAGGCCACAAGGACAUGGUGUUGUGCAUGGAUAUCCAUAAAAACACGAUCUACACGGGCUGUUACGACGGCAGCGUGCAGGCCAUCAAGCUGAACCUGACGCAGAACCACCGCUGCUGGUGGCACGGCUGCUCGCUGGUCUUCGGGCUGAGGGAACAUCUGCAGCAGCACCUGCUCAGCGACCACACCAGCCCCAACUUCCAGACGCUCAAGUGCCGCUGGAAAAAAUGUGAAGAGUUUUUCUGCACACGCAACAGCUCCAAGCAGGUGAUGCUCCUGCACAUGCAGAGACACGCUGAGGAGGACGCUGAAGUGGAGCAUUAAGCGCUGACGGUGGGAACAUUGUUUCACCCUCAGCACUCCCCUUUUUCCUUUAAUCUUUACCCCCCAUCUACCUCCCAUAUUGGGGGGGCUUGUUCUUGGGACCCACUUUGACUCGUCGGCGCUCCUGUCGAGCCCGAUGUUCGCGUCUGAAGACUCCAUCCUUUAUGUUCGGUGUUGGAAUCCAACCAUAAUACACACAAAAGGAGGGUUGGAUGGGGCUGUUGUUGUUUUUUUAUACACUCUACAAAAACACUCCUUCCUCUCCUUUUGCCCGUAUCACUGCAGUUCCUCUUUCCACUGACCAAAGACAAAGAAAGACACGACUUUUGUUGAUUGAAGAAGCUCCAGUGUUGCAGGUGUCCGAGGGAUCUGAGACGCUUUUCUGUUACGGCCGCGGCAAAACAGACAAAAACAGUACUCGUAUUCCAGAUCGUCUGCAAUAUGGCAUGGGGUGAUAUGUUUUAUAGUUAUGCAGUUGUGACGUGUCCUUUGAGCAACCUUUAGUUUUUUUUGUUGUUUUUUUUCUAAUUAAACCAUUCACUCAAAGUGAACUCAUGAGUAUGGUGACGAUGAGUGGUUGAAACCUUUUGGAAGUGUCCUGGCGUACGUAACGUCCCAGGCCACGCCAAGCGUGAUCAUUUGUUUUGAAGGCAUACGUAACUAAAGUAUUAUUUUUUUUUGGUUGGGUUUUGGUUUUAUUUUAUUAACUGAAGAUCUUUUUGUCGGAAAAGGGUUUCCGUAUUUUCUUUGUUGCUCAUUCAGGUGUGGAGGGACUUUGUUGUGCGGCUUGGUCUGAGGUUGUCUUUUGUAGUGGAAACAGACCCGGGACACGGAAACGCAGGUGGGCGUUCGUGUGUCCGUACGUUUUAAUCUGCGUGGAGUUAUUCGUCAUAUUUGAUGACAGAACGUUUUAACACAGUUAAGUGAACCUUGUUCUCCAAAGAGUGAGUGUUGCUGUUUUAAUGGUACUUUAUUUUUUUUUCUAAAAAAGUGUCUUAGACUUUGAAAGGCACUGUAGCUGUAAAUCUCCACGGUGACGUUAGCGGAGGUGACGGAUGUUUAGAGGAGGUGAUUGAUGGAAGAUCUUGAAGAGAAGACGUCAUCUCCCAUGCCAUACUCCACCUUCUUAAAAAUCAAGGGGGUUGUAACACGAAUCCCCCUUUUUUUAAAGACGUAUUAGUCCAUUUUUACCCAGCGCCCAGCUGAUGUCCUCCCGGGGAGAGAGGGUUGGAGGAUUACAGGUUUGUCCUCUUAUUUCAGCGCUGAGCUGAGCGAACGUGACGUUCUCACAGUCUUCCCGGAGGAAAAGCGCUCAGUUCACCUCUCACCUGGCAUUCCUGAGUUUCUUCAAGGUUUCUAUUUGUUAUCCGACUUGUGAAGAAGUAUUUUUUAAGGAAACGUGCAAUCUGAGAAGAUGUUAAUAAAAACCAUUUGCAACGUCAGAG